UCGUGAGAAGGAGGGGUCGCAUUUUGUAAGUGUGUCUGUAAGAGAGCGAGAGGGACGUACUGUGUGCGUUUGUGGAGUGAGAGGAGAGCUGAGAUUGAUCGCAGCGAGAGUGACUGCAUGGGAGGCGGAUUGGUGAACCCAGCCGAGCGCUUUGUGGUGAGCCUAGCAGGGAUCUGAGCAUACUCCUGCUUCCUAUUUUGGUCAGCUGCCCCCACCCCCCAUCGCUGCCGUUUUCGCUGGUUGAGCGCUGCCUCCUUAACUGCGGAGUCACAAGGGAGAGGAGAGGCCCGAUUUCCCGGUACUGCCGCAUCUCCUCCGCAGCUGUGAGCCUCUCGUGGAGUACUUGAGCCCGCACUUCGACCUGGAUGGAUGGGUAUGGGGAAAGCAGGAUUUUAUUACCACGGGGCUAAACGCCUCUGCUACCCUCCUCCUCGCCUCGCACUUCUGCUGCUCGUUGCUGUCUCCUUCUGUUUUAGAAAAGGUGGGUGCCAGGUACAGGCCACACAAUGCCGAAUCCAGAAGUGCACAACGGACUUUGUUUCUCUGACGUCCCAUCUUAACACAGCGCUGGAUGUUUUUGACACAGAGUUUUGCAAAGCACUGCGCGCCUAUUCUGGUUGCACACACCGAACCGCCAAGGCCUGUCGUGGAAACCUGGUGUUUCACUCGGCUGUUCUAGGCAUCAGUGAUCUCAUUAGCCAGCGCAACUGCUCCAAGGAUGGGCCUACUUCUUCUACCCAGACAGAAGUCAUCCACGAGCCCUGUAGUUAUCACAGUCGCCAUCAAGGGAUGGGUAAAGACAUUCGAACUGGGAUCCAGGACCAACCCACCUACCUCUUCUGUGGCCUGUUUGGGGACCCACAUCUUAGGACUUUCAAGGACCAUUUUCAGACAUGUAAGGUGGAGGGAGCUUGGCCCCUGAUCGACAACAACUACUUGUCCGUUCAAGUGACGAAUGUACCAGUAGUGCCAGGUUCAAGUGCUACUGCAACAAACAAGAUAACUAUUAUCUUCAAACCUUACCAAGAUUGCACAGAUCAGAAGGUUUACCAGGCUGUGACAGAUGAUCUUCCUGCUGCUUUUGUUGAUGGCACAACAAGUGGAGGAGAAGGCGAUACCAAGAGUCUGCUAAUUCUGGAAAAGGCCGCUGGGCGGCAUGUAGAAAUUUUUGCUAGCUAUAUUGGAGCUACUAUCUUCGUGAGGCAGGUGGGACGCUAUCUUACUUUGGCGGUCCGCAUGCCUGAGGAACUAGCUAUUGCUUAUGAUGAAACCCAGGACUUGCAACUGUGCAUGAAUGGUUGUCCUACUUUGGAACGCAUUGAUGAAGGUGGGAUCAUCCCUCUUCCUGUCUUGAGCCUACAUCAGCCAGUUCAUCAGCACCAACACCAACACCAACAGCAUCAUCGCCAUCAACACAGUGGGCCUCAUCAAUCUCACAGUGUGUUUACUUUGGAAAGCGCUACGGCGAAAUGCCAUGACAAAUUGGAAGUGAAGGACAUUUAUUUCCACUCCUGUGUGUUUGACCUUCUCACCACUGGCGAUGCCAAUUUCACCUCUGCGGCAUUUAGUGCACUGCAGGACUUGGAGGCACUGCACCCUCAGAAAGAACGCUGGCAUAUAUUCCCUAGUAAAGGGAAUGGUGGACCAUACUUCUUCCAUUGUUCUUUGCUCACUUUAGGACUUUUCUUUGUUGUACUUGUGGUUUUGUAGGAUUUUUGUCAUUAACAGAAAAAGUAAAUAUAUAUUGCCCUAAUAUAUUGAAGAAAUGUUAAAAUGAACAAAAAAAUUAUAUAUAUGUAUA